CCAAGCUGAAACGUGCAAACUUAGUUACGUGUACAUUACGCAUUUAUAUGCCGUAUAAUGCUUCUCCGGAACCCUCUUCUCACCAAUUACCCAAUAUAAAAAAUGAGCCAGCGACAACCGAGAAGACUCCAGGCUUCUGACCAGGAAGGUAUCGACUUCGGCGAUGUCUUCGAUGUCAUCGGUGCUGCGCCUUCAACCCUUUCCCCAUCUCCAACUCCAACUGCUGGAAAUGUGCGACCGGACACUGUAACGGGUGCGGUUGAUUCUAGUGGCAUCUCCAUUGGGGAAGCUUUGGAAGCAGCCGCUAUCUCCGUGGGCGACAAACCGGUUGACCGAGGCGACGUAGCAGCGAUACGAGCAGCUGAGGCGAGAGCCGCGGGUAGUAGCGUAGCCGGCCUCGGGUCCAAAGCUCAAGCUGCUGUCAAUUUCAAUGACCGUGAGGCUUAUGAUUACAAUAAGAUCACUAUAUCGGACGUUUUGUCGGACGCUACUGCAAAGCUGCCUCGAGAUAAAGCAGUGACAAGUGAAGAUGCUGAUGGCGUGAGAGGUGCGGAGGUGAGUGACAAACCUGAGUCAAUGCCGACGCCUGGAGGAGUGGCGGAUACUUUGGCCACAGCUGCCAGGGUAAAUCAGGAUGAUAAGCCAUGAAGGGUUUUUUUGGUAGCGAAAUGUUUGGUUUUAUAUUUGUAUGUAGUGGAACAGUUUUAUGGUACAUCUUACUGCUUUGUUGCAUGAUGGA